AUGAAGUUGCUUGCGGCCCAAUCGGACGCACGCAUGGACGACAACCUUCAGUACACAGCUGCUCAAACUUCUGCCCUUAUGGCAGAACGUCGGAGGCUAUCCUAUCAAUAUUACAUUGUGGCUUGUGAAAAGGCUGCUUUGGAAGAUCAUGUGGUCACUUUGGAAGACCAAGUGGAGCAACUUGAAAAUCAAAAGGUGUGUGAGGCCCUUAGACUGGAAAAGGGGAAACAGUUGGCCCCUCGUCCUGCAACUUCUAGUGAAUCUAACGCCAUGGACCCUGAACGUGUCUCGGAAAAGGUCAAAGAGGUGGAUAUUUCCCUUUCUUCCCUCGUUGAGAUGGAUUUUUCUGUCCGCUUUCAUCUGGUCGAGCUGGACUAUGAUAGCUUCUGCCAAUUCUAUCGCAGGCCGGGUCCGGGAAGUUCUUCGUCGGAUUCUAGGGAUUGA